UUCUGUCGCUCUUAAGUGUGUGGCCUUGGGCAGAUGACUCAGUCUCCUCGCCUGUGAAUGGGAUUCAUCAGCUCCUUUUGAUUCAGGAGCUGAAUGUGCCAUCAGGAGUACGGGGUUUGAGGGGAAACCCCUUAGGCAGGAUCCUGACUCCGCACCGGCUCUAUCUGCCUGAGGUGUAUUUUCUGAGUUCUUUAGGGCUGGAAAGAUCUGCAGGGGUGGGGGCUGCUGUGAGAGCCAAAGCAAGGCUGCCCGGCAGCCCGGCCAGAGGCCUGGGAAGCUUCCCGGAACAGUCAACACAGCUGCCCCACCAGCAGUGCCAGUGGAGAGCCAGCUGUCUCCUAGGCCCUGGUGGAGGAGUCACACUCAGGCUGGAAACUCACUGCCCAGUGGGAAGGGGUUCCAACACAGCCCAGCGUGGGGGGCGGGGGACAGUGCGAGCUCCUGCGCCUUUAUCUCCACUGUGGGCUUUCUAAGGAAAGAACCAGAACUUGGAGGUUUUCAGUGACGUAGCCAAGGUCACAACAAGUAGCGGGGGCUGGAAUGGAGCCCCUGCCCUUCCUGCCACACCACCGCGCCUCCUGGUGCAGAAGAUCGUCUCCCCUCAGACUGUGAGUGCCCUAAAGACGGGAACCUCGCCCAUCCCCUUUACCACUACGUCCAUAGCACCGAUCAAAAUGCCUGGCGCAGGAAGGCGCAAUGAACUGCUGUUCAACGAGUGGCAUCCAAAUCGACGGCAAAGGGGGAGGCUGGACAGCGAGUCGCCCGCUUAGGAAGUCGGAAAUAAAGAUCUGGAAGUCACUUAUAAUUCAAGCCAGACGAGUGAAUGAGUUCCCCCAAGAGGUUUGUAGACUGAAGAGAUUCUAACUCAAGCAAGAUAAGCAGUAACGUGGCUCACAGUCACGUCGCAAAGAUGCUGGGGGCUCUCCUUCGCCUGCUUGUGGUCCCGUACAAGGCGCUUCCCACCCUGGGUCUGUGAGCCCCGUCGGUGAAAGACGGAGGGAGAUCGAUUCAUAACCCCAACAGCGCCGGAGACCUUUCCUCUGCCGCCCCAUCCUCUCCCCUCCUCUCGGUGACUUCCUUCAGCAGCUGACGAAGCUGGAUCCCCCUGAGCACCGCCUCUUCCGUCUGCGGCGCCCGAUGACGCAAGGAAAUUUGUGGGCGCGCCGGAAGUUGAGGAGAGUUUCCUGCGAGCUCGGCUUCCUCAACAUGGCAGCGCCCUUGUCAGUGGAGGUGGAGUUCGGAGGUGGUGCGGAACUCCUGUUUGAUGGUGUUAAGAAACAUCAAGUCACUUUGCCUGGACAGGAGGAACCCUGGGACAUCCGGAACCUGCUCGUCUGGAUCAAGAAGAAUUUGCUAAAAGAGCGGCCAGAGUUGUUCAUCCAGGGAGACAGCGUGCGGCCAGGAAUUCUGGUGCUGAUUAACGACGCCGACUGGGAGCUACUGGGUGAGCUGGACUAUCAGCUUCAGGACCAGGACAGCGUCCUCUUCAUCUCCACUCUGCAUGGCGGCUGAGGGCCCCUCUCAGGGCCUGGGCACCCUUAGAGGGAAGAAUGAAGCAAUCAGAGAUCCCCUGGGGCCCUGCUUCCAGGUCUCCCUGUCCCCCUUGGCUGCCUUCUUCCCUGCUCUGUCCCCCAAGCUCCCUCCAGGCAGGGAAAAGAGGCCAGGUGCUAAAAAUGAGCCUUUCUCAAGCACGUGAGCAGGGAAGGCAGACAGGCACCAGAGCCCAGCACUCCCUUUUCCAGCAGCUGUGGUGGGGGAGGGUGCCCCUCUAGUUUGUCAAGAGUGGAAGGGGGCUCUGUGGCCAGGUGACCUGGCUGCCUUCCGCUCCUUGUACCUCAGUCUAAACAUGGAGUGACUGCUGACAAGGAGCUCCAGUCCCAGAGCCAGCGUCUUCACAGGGAAGAUAAAUGGACCUGAAUAGCUGGAGAGGCCCCCCCCUACCCAAAAAGUGAAGCCGUCUCAGCCUCAGUUUCCCUGUCUGGACAGCUGAGGGCUCUGCCUGUUCCCUGCUGAUACCAUUAUAGAACCCCAGCUGGGGUCCCCUAUUUGUGCCGAGCGCCCCCCCCAGCAGCUGCUCCUCCAGCCACACCCUUCCUUCUGCUCCCCCCACUCCUAGCCCUUGACCCUGGCUGGCCUCCCCCUCUCCACAGGCCACCAGAUGGGCUUCUGAGACCCUUCCUAAGCUGCCUGCAGCUCAUUCUGCUGGAGGUAGAGAUGAGGGGAGGGAGUGGGUUAAACCUUGGACUGGGCAAGUAGAAGCCUGGGGGGAAUCUGUGUGCCUCAGUUUCUUCCUCUACAACAACCGAGUAUUUAUAGUGGCCGAAAACUGGGGAGAUAAUUGAUGGCACAAAUGUCCAUUUUCUCUUCCUUCCUACCUCCUGCAGGAAGCAGGAUGGGGCAGGCAGCACCUGGUAGGCAGAGUGGUUUGCCCCUCCUCCCCUUCCUUUCUGGAAGUCUUGGGGCCUCAGUGCUUGCAACAGCUGGCCUUGGGCAAAUAAAAGACUAGGUUGUUUCCUA